AUGAGGGGCCUGGCCCGGCUCGCGCUAAGGGCGCGAUGGUGCCGCCGGCUCUGGGCGCUGCCCGCAAGGGCCGCCGCCGCUUCGCCGCCUCCUCCUCCCACCGGAGCCUCGCCGGGCUCGGGAGCGCUGAACCCCUUCGACCGCCGGCUGAAGCGGAAGCAGAAGAACUGGGCGGCGCUGCAGGCCGAGCCCGCCAAGUGCGAUUACCUGCGGGAGGAGGUCGGCGGCAGGAUCGCGGACCGGGUGUUUGACAUCACCAGAACGUUUCCUCUCGCUUUGGAUGUUGGCUCUGGAAGAGGUUACAUAGCUCAGCACUUAACCAAGGAAACAGUUGAAAAACUUAUUCAAGUUGAUAUCGCAGAGAAUGCUUUAAAAAAUGCUGUAGAAUCUGAAAUCCCAACCGUCAGGGUCGUAGCUGAUGAGGAAUUCCUUCCUUUCAAAGAAGAUACAUUUGAUCUUGUUGUCAGCAGCUUAAGUUUACAUUGGGUGAAUGACCUUCCUAAAGCUUUCAAAGAGAUCCACCAGGUGCUGAAGCCGGACGGGGUGUUCAUCGGGGCCAUGUUUGGGGGGGACACUCUGUACGAGCUGCGCUGUUCCCUUCAGCUGGCCGAGCUGGAGAGGGAAGGGGGCUUCUCUCCUCAUGUGUCACCCUUCACUGCUGUCGCUGAUCUGGGACAUCUGCUCUCCAGGGCUGGCUUCAACACCCUCACUGUGGAUACUGAUGAAAUCCAAGUGAACUACCCAGGGUUAUUUGAGGUUAUGGAAGACUUACAAGGUAUGGGGGAGAGUAAUUGCUCUUGGAAUAGAAAACCUCUGCUGCACAGGGAGACAAUGCUGGCAGCUGCUGCAAUAUACCAAGAAAUGUAUGGAAACAGCGAUGGCUCAGUACCUGCCACGUUUCAGAUCUACUACAUGAUUGGCUGGAAAUACCAUGAGUCACAGGCAAAACCAGCCCAGAGAGGUUCUGCAACAGUUUCAUUUGGAGAUCUGGCAAAAAUAGAAGGACUUCUUAAAAGAGGAAAAAAAUAGUUGUUCAUCAACAAUAAUAAUUGUCUUGAAACUUCUAUAAAAGUUUUAAUUGCAGUCAGUCUUCACUUGUCCUUAUUUAGUGAUAACAUCCUGAAAUGAUAAUAAAGUAUGCACAGUAGAGGUUUUUGUACUGUGCCACAGCAUCAUCUGUGUGAAA